AUGGGACGCAAAGGUAAUGGUCCCAAGACCAACAAGCAAAAACUCGUCCCGGAAAAAGAGCGGUUUAUCGAGUGUUGCUCAGAUAUAACCUUGGAACUGGUUGGUUCUUUGACUUCCACCUCAUCGCGAGAAAUCAACUUAAAUGGACUCAUCACCAAGUUCUCCAAGAAAUAUAAACUCAAACAGCAACCGCGGCUCACUGAUGUCAUUAAUUCCAUCCCAGAUCAAUACAAAAAGUACCUUUUGCCAAAAUUGAAAGCCAAGCCCGUGAGGACAGCUUCGGGAAUUGCUGUGGUUGCUGUAAUGUGCAAGCCCCAUCGUUGUCCUCACAUUGCUUACACUGGUAACAUCUGUGUUUACUGCCCAGGUGGUCCCGAUUCGGAUUUUGAGUAUUCGACACAGUCCUAUACCGGGUACGAGCCUACGUCGAUGCGGGCCAUAAGAGCUCGUUACGACCCGUACGAACAGGCCCGUGGUAGAAUUGAACAGCUUAAGCAGUUGGGUCAUUCGAUCGACAAAGUCGAAUACAUCAUCAUGGGUGGUACGUUCAUGUCACUACCAAAGGAGUAUCGUGAAGAUUUUAUCGUGAAAUUGCAUAAUGCGUUGUCUGGUUUCAACGGAAAUAAUAUAAACGAGGCUAUUCAGUACUCCCAACAAAGUCUGACCAAAUGUGUUGGUAUUACGAUCGAAACAAGACCAGAUUACUGUACUCAAACUCAUUUGGACGACAUGUUGAAAUACGGAUGCACUAGACUUGAGAUAGGUGUUCAGUCUCUUUACGAAGACGUGGCCCGCGAUACCAACAGAGGCCACACUGUCAAAUCGGUGGCCGAAACGUUCUGCGUGGCCAAAGACGCCGGCUAUAAAGUCGUUUCGCACAUGAUGCCCGAUCUGCCGAACGUCGGCAUGGAAAGAGACAUAGAACAGUUUAAAGAAUAUUUUGAAAACCCUGCUUUCAGGACAGAUGGGUUGAAAAUUUAUCCCACUUUGGUUAUUAGAGGCACUGGUCUCUACGAAUUAUGGAAAACAGGACGGUAUAAGUCCUAUAACGCCAAUGCUCUGGUUGAUCUUGUGGCUCGUAUCAUGGCUCUUGUACCUCCUUGGACCAGAAUUUAUAGAGUUCAAAGAGAUAUUCCAAUGCCUUUGGUCACUUCUGGUGUCGAAAAUGGUAAUUUGAGAGAGCUGGCACUGGCGAGAAUGAAAGAUUUCGGUACGACGUGCAGAGAUGUGCGUACCAGAGAAGUCGGAAUUCAGGAAGUACAUCACAAAGUUCAACCGGAUCAGGUAGAACUAGUUAGAAGAGAUUACUACGCCAAUGGCGGGUGGGAAACUUUCUUGUCUUACGAAGAUCCUAAGAAAGACAUUUUAGUUGGUCUUCUGCGACUUAGAAAAGCCUCAAAAAAAUACACAUAUCGGAAAGAGUUUACGGGUCAAAGGACCUCGAUCGUUAGAGAACUUCACGUUUACGGAUCUGUGGUUCCAUUGCAUUCUCGGGACCCUAGGAAAUUUCAACAUCAAGGUUUCGGUACUUUAUUAAUGGAAGAGGCCGAAAGGAUAGCGCGUGAAGAGCAUGGCUCUGAAAAAAUUUCAGUCAUAUCAGGUGUUGGAGUUAGAAAUUAUUACGCUAGACUUGGUUACGAACUGGAUGGGCCAUUCGUAUCGAAGACGUUGACAGCAAAAAAGAACGGAGUGACGAUUUAA